GCAUAUGUAGGCACGUUAUAUUGCACUGUGACAGAUUUCGCAAUUUAUUCUAACCAGCAAAAUGCUACGUUUGACAGUGAACAUAAUUAUUUCCUGUGUUCUUCUUACUGACAUUAGAGGGCAGCAAAUGUUGGGCACCGGCAAGUGGACGGUGUUGAGCACGCAGCAGUGCGCGAGGGACGCAGACAUGCCGUGGACCCUGCGUGUGCGCAGACACAAGUUCAACCGCACGCACGACGCGUUUGAUGUUUACCUCGAUUUGAAGGACAACCUCGAUAACUCUUCUGCCAUACGUUUAGACAUUUGCAAGGUGGUGGACGGAGGCUGCAAACCCUAUAUGGUCAUGGCUGAUGAUUGCUUGCCCAAUUUUGUAAAAAAAUACGCACAAGAAAAUGUCAAGUUGGUCCUCGAAAGCGCCGGGAUGGAUCCACCAGAUUUUCCUAUUCAAAAAGGCUCGUUAAACUUAAAAGACUACGUCAUGAACAUGGAAGAUAUGGAAGAUAAGGAUGGUGUAUACGGCACGUUUGAGGUGGAAGCCUUCGCAAUAAAGGGCGGGGAAGAAAAGACCUGCGCGAAAGUCGUCGUAAAAUAUGAGCCGAAAGAAGACUAUGGGUCAAUGGGACGUUAGGCAUAAAAUCAUAAAAGCUCCGUUCUGGGCUAUAACCGCGAAAAUCGAAGUUCGCAAAUUGCGGGCAUCUUUCUCUGUCACUCUUAUUACGCCUUCAUUGGAGUAAAAGAGAAAGAUCCCCGCAAUUUGCGAAUUUCGGUUUUUGCGGUAUAAGCCUUCUGUCACCGGACGGGACGGGUGAAGAAAACGGUCGGAGAAUGCAACCGACGCAUAUCCAAUUUGUCGAAAUUUAUUCGCCUUACUUAAGUACUUGAUUUUAUUUUUCUCAAUGUGAGGUCACGGAUCCAAUUCAAUAUACAGUGUGGAAAGAUAAGUUGGACCCUGGAAGGAAACUACCUUAAAUCCUUAAGCUGGCUCAUUUUACUUAAAGGAGACAUUCCUUUAUUUUUAAAAAGAAACAAAACUAUAUUCAAUGAUUUUCUAAAACUCGCUUGCCUCGCCUGGGACUCGAACCGACUAAAAAUUCAAAAAAAACUCGCAAUUUUAUUCUACUAGUCGAUACAGUUAAUGAUAACAUUUCUCCAAGAAACAUUAGGUCUUACACUCGUCUGUCGUACAAAAUAUCCAUAAAAUCUAAUAUUUAGUACUCAAGAUUUUUUUAGACAAGCCAAUAUGAAGAAAAAAAGGAAAAUACUUUGAAUGCCGUUUUGUUUCUUUUUAAAAAUGAAGGAAUGUCUCCUUUAAGUAAAAUGAGCUAGCUUAAGGAUUUAAAGUAGUUUCCCUCCAGGGCCCGACUUAUCUUUCCACCCUGUAUAUUCAAAACAUUUUGUGGUACACACAGUAUAUAAACCAUAUUUUAUAAAAAAAACUGUUUCAUUUUUC